UUGUAGCGUAGCUGCGCAUGUGCGUACUUCCUGUGAUGAUAAACCAUGGCAGAGAAGAGAAGUGUGUCUGAGCGUCCACUGUUGAUUUUGGUUGUUUUCAUUGUGUUCCUACAUUUGUUUGUUUGUCCUUUUACAAAAGUUGAAGAAAGUUUCAACCUACAGGCAAUACAUGAUGUGCUGUACCACAGAUUUGAUCUCGACAAGUAUGACCAUCACGAAUUUCCCGGCGUUGUUCCCCGGACGUUUUUGGGGCCACUGUUCGUUUCUGCGCUGUCAUCUCCGCUGGUGUUUGUCGUUCACGUGAUGGAUAUGCCAAAAUUCUACACCCAGAUUGUUGUGAGAGGGGUGUUGGGGGUGUGCGUAAUUGCUGCGCUUUGGCGCAUGCAGAGUGAGGUUCGCAAGCAGUUUGGAAGCACUGUUGCUGGAUUCUUCUGUCUCAUUUGCACAUCACAAUUCCACCUUAUGUUUUACGCCACCAGGCCUCUGCCAAAUGUAUUUGCACUACCUAUAGUUGUUCUGGCAUUCACAUCAUGGAUGGCCCAGAGGCACGGUCCCUUCAUAUGGCUGUCCGCGUUCGUCAUCAUUGUGUUUCGGUCGGAGCUGAGCCUCUUCCUUGGCCUCAUGCUCCUCAUUUCCCUGCUCAGCAGGAGGUUGUUUAUACUGCAGCUGUUUUACUAUGCCAUACCUGCUGGCAUUCUGUCACUCGGUAUUACUAUUUGUGUGGACUCUGUAUUCUGGAAACAGUGGCUGUGGCCUGAGGGUCAAGUCCUGUGGUACAACACCAUCUUAAACAAAAGCUCUGACUGGGGAACCUCACCUUUUCUGUGGUACUUCUACUCUGCCCUACCCCGUGCCCUGGGCACCACCAUUCUCUUUGUCCCUCUGGGUCUCUUCGACAGGCGGAUGCAGAUGCUGCUGGUUCCCACCGUCGGCUUCAUUUUCCUCUACUCCUUCCUGCCCCAUAAGGAGCUUCGCUUCAUCAUCUACACGUUCCCGGUCUUCAACAUUGUGGCUGCCCGCGGCUGCUCUUACAUUUUGAACAACUAUCACAAGUCGUGGUUGUAUAAAAUUGCAUCUUUGAUCGUGGUUGGUCAGUUGAUGACGAAUGCAGCCUACACGAGUGUGUCACUGUGCGUGUCCCAUCACAACUAUCCUGGAGGCAGAGCCAUGAUGGAGCUACACACCCUAGCACCUGCCUCAGCAGAUAUUUCUGUGCAUAUUGACGUGCUCGCUGCUCAAACAGGAGUGUCUCGGUUCUUAGAGCUUAAUAGGAAGUGGAGGUAUAGUAAAGAAGAGGAAGUGGUUCCAGGAGACGCUCAAAUGAAGAGUUUUUCAUUCAUCUUGAUGGAGUCUAACUACACCAAAAUAUCACUACUGAGGGACUCCCACAAGCCAGUGACUUUCAUCCAAGGGUUUCACAACAUGAAGUUUCAUGUUUUUGACUUUCCCCCAUUCAGUAUUAAUUUGGACAAAAAACUUGUGAUACUAGAAGAAUUGUUGCAUAAAUACAGCUGAAUGUUUUGUCUACUUGUUGAUUAUUGUUGUGCAGCCAGAUGUUGGUUUUGUGUUUUCAUGAGAAAAAAAAAUAUGCCAGCUUAAGCCAAGGCCACUGACAUUAGCCUAAUAUCGAAGCACCUCGUAAUUCUCCAAAGCACAUGUUGUUUUAAGUUGAUGUUGACCAAAGGAAGAUUGAGUCACUGUGUGCAAGGUGAAUAGUUAAACUGAACUCAAGUAUUUCUUUGAAGUUCCAUCUUUUGCUGUUCUGUUGUCCAAUGAUUCACAAGCGCUGAGGCAGUAGAAUAUUCUUUAUUUUCCUGUAAUGUAUUCUGGUGUCAGGUCUUCUCUGUUUACAUUUAAUUUGCUUGGGUCUUGUACCAAACUUAAUCACACUGUGAUCACGAAUAUUUUUAAAGGAACAACUGAUGUGG